CGAAAUGUCUUGCCAAUAAUUUUCCUUUUAAUUAUUUUGAUGGAUUGACUCCUUUUUUACUUGCUUAUAAAGAAGGAGCACGUUAGUUUGAUUACGAUUCAACUAGAGAGUUUUAACUUUCGACUGCACAAUCAGUUUCAUAUGUAUUCAAUGGAGAAAUCACGUAUCAAAUUCCUGCUUUGCAUUGUUGCAGUAAUCACCUUGGCGUCUAUGUCCUUCAAACCUGCAAUGGCGGCCAUGGGGAACGAAACAGACAGACUAGCAUUGCUUGCUUUGAAAGAUGAGCUUCUUGGUGGCUCUCACGGUGGUCCGCUACUUUCAUGGAAUGCUUCACUCCAUUUUUGCGAGUGGCAAGGUGUUGGAUGCGGUCAGCAGCAGCAAAGGGUCAUCAGUUUGAGCCUGCCUGGUCUCAAACUCGGUGGCAUCAUAUCUCCAUCAAUAGGGAACUUAAGUUUCCUGAGAGAGGCAAACCUUUUCAACAAUAGCUUGAAAGGCAAUAUUCCCAGGGAAUUUGGCCAUUUGAGACAGCUUCGUUCACUGAAUCUAAGUCGCAAUAAUCUCCAGGGUAACAUCCCUGUAGAGCUCAACAAUUGCUCCAACCUGCAAUUUCUUAAUUUAAGUGACAACAGUUUUACCGGAAAAAUUCCAUUUCAAUUGGGGGAUACUAUGAAGAAUCUGAUUAAACUCUCUCUUGCCCGCAACGAUUUUAUUGGCACAAUCCCAUCUUCGUUAGGAAACCUUUCAUCUUUGGAUUAUCUCCAACUUGGGAAUAAUCAUUUGGAAGGUAAUAUACCCAUUUCUCUAGGCAGAUUAUCAAACUUGAAAAUACUUGUUCUUAGUCGAAAUAACCUCUCUGGAAUUAUACCUCCUUCGUUUUACAAUCUUUCCGCCAUGAAAGAGAUUAGGAUGAGUACAAAUAAGUUACAUGGUGGCCUUGAACCUGAACUGGGUUUUGCUUUUCCGGAACUUGAGAUACUACAUCUCGGAGGCAACCACUUGAGUGGGAGAAUUCCAGUAGCAGUGACUAAUAUCUCUAGCUUGAAACAGUUUGAUAUCCAUUCAAAUGGUUUCAGUGGAUUAGUCCCUGGAGAUAUGGGAAAGUUUCAGAAUCUUGAACUGUUUUCCAUUAAUUACAACGAGCUUGGGAAUGGGGAAGAAGGAGACUUGGAUUUCCUUUCUUCUUUAACCAACUGCAGUCGAUUGAAGCUUUUGGCCAUCCAUAUGAAUAAGCUUAGUGGGGUAUUACCAGAUUCAAUGGCAAAUUUAUCAACUCAGCUUGAAACUCUUUAUAUAGGAGGGAAUCAGAUUUCAGGAAAUAUUCCUGAAGGAAUUGGCAAUCUUGUUAAACUCGCACAGAUUCAUGUAGGGGAAAACUUGUUAACAGGCGAAGUUCCGACUUCAAUUGGAAAGCUUCGAAAUGUUGGACGGUUCGACCUCUCUUUGAAUCGUUUAUCCGGUGAAAUCCCAUCCUGUAUUGGCAAUCUGUCUUUAUUGUCUCAUCUUUAUUUAAAUGGAAACAGUUUUGAAGGAAGGAUUCCGUUGACGCUCGAGAAAUGCAAAAGCAUGCAGAUAAUGGAUCUUUCAACCAAUAAACUCAGUGGUGGCAUACCGGAUCAACUGGUUGCUGGUUUUGAACGUUUGGUUACAUUGAAUUUGUCCCACAACUCUUUCAAUGGUAGCUUUCCAUCAGGUGUUAGUAACUCCAAGAAUCUUGUAGAGUUGUAUGCUGAUAACAACAACUUCUCAGGCGAAAUUCCUGAGAGAUUUGGUGAGAUUUCUGAACUAAGAAUCUUGCACAUGCAGGGAAACUAUUUUCAUGGUAGCAUUCCUCAAUCUCUUGCCUCUCUAAGAGGUCUCGAAAGCUUAGAUCUCUCCAGUAACAACUUGUCUGGCACAGUACCUCUUGAGCUUCGAAAUCUUCCAUUUUUGGUGAGUUUAAACCUUUCUUUCAACCUAUUAGAGGGUGAAGUUCCAGAAGAAGGGGUAUUCAAAAAUAUCAGUCAAUUCUCUAUUGCUGGGAACAAGGAUCUUUGUGGGGGAAUUCCUGAAAUAGAGCUUCCAAAAUGCUUGAACCAGGCAGAAAAGGGAAAACGAAAUGGUUUAUCGACCAAAUCCAUCAUCGUUAUCGUUAUUAGCCUUUCGCUCGCCUUGGCUUCGGUUGCGUUCAUUUCUAUCCUUUGUUGGCGAAAACGCUUUGGAAAAAAGAUGAUCCCUUUGACUUUGGAGCCAGUUAACUUGAUGCAAGUUUCUUACAGGGAACUUGUUCAAGCCACGAAUGGUUUCGCAACCUCGAACAUCAUUGGUGAGGGUAGUUUUGGUUCUGUUUAUAAAGGGUUUCUUGAUCAACAAGAAAACCCUGUUGCAAUCAAAGUUUUGAAUCUUCAAAACCUUGGGGCUGUAAAGAGUUUUGCAGUUGAAUGCAAGGCUUUAAGAAAUGUUCGACAUCGGAAUCUUGUCAAGUUGAUAACUUGUUGCUCAAGCAUAGAUUACCAAGGCAAUGAUUUCAAGGCUAUAGUGCUGGAAUUCAUGGCAAACGGAAGUUUAGAGAGCUGGCUUCAUCAUGAGCAUGAUCAAGAUCACUCAUCACACCAUCUCAACUUUGCUCAAAUGUUAGACAUUGCUAUAGAUGUGGCCAAUGCAUUAGAUUACCUUCACCAUCGUUGUCAAACACCAAUAGUUCAUCGGGAUCUAAAGCCAACCAAUGUUCUACUUGGUGACGACAUGGUUGCACACGUUGGUGACUUUGGCAUGGCUAAAUUCCUUUUUGAUGUUGCAAGUAAUUUGGAUAAUGAGCAAGCAAUUUCCUCAAUCAUUAAAGGGACAAUAGGCUAUCUCGCCCCGGAAUAUGGAAUGGGUGGUUCGACGUCCCCUGAAGGCGAUAUCUAUAGCUACGGGAUUCUCGUCUUGGAGAUGAUCACUAGAAAGAGGCCAACAGAUGACAUGUUUGAUGAUGAGAUGAGCCUCCAUAGUUAUUGUAAGAUGUCAUUGCCAGAAAAAUUGGAGGAGAUUUUCGAUUUUCGAUUGCUUGAACAAAUCAAAGAGAAAAGUCAAAAAAUAAUAGGAGAUCAGAACAUAGAUUGUAAUAUGUUGGAUUGUUUGGUUUCAUUCACUAAUGUGGGUGUUGCAUGCUCUGUUGAAGUUCCUGUUGAGAGAAUGAAGAUUGAAGAUGUUGUCAAUGAAUUGCAUGCAAUUAAGGCAAGACUGCAUGCAAGGAAUCGAAUUGAUCCACAGCAAGAGAUUAAAGAACUAGAAGUUUAACCUAGUUUCGUCCAGGGAGCAAGGCUCACUCAACGCACUAAAAAACUUAUAUUGCAUCGAUAGAAACAGUCCAAGCAGAGUAAAGCGACAAUGUGAAUAUGUGUAAAUCGAUGUGUUGAGCAUGAGAAUAAUGAGAUUGUAAUG